AUGGCUCCAACUUAUGUGGAGAUCAAUGCUCAACCUCAUGAUGAGGCAGACUUGACUGAUGAUCAAAUUCAACAACUGUUGCUUGAAGCGGAAGGCCGCCUUCGCGGCUCUGAUGUUCAACUCACUCCAAACUCCGACGUUGCAUCUUUAAGGAUUCCGAAAUUAUCUUCAGCCACCACCCUUGAGCCCUAUGUUCGCCAGGGCGAUGAGUUUGCAACGGUUGAUUCGGCCCAGCUGAUCGAUCCCAAACAGAAGGAGCUGGCUAAUUCUUUACACUUGACUCAGCAAGCCAAGAAACCUAGUAAAGAAAAGGCUACCGCUGGACCCCAGUGGUUCGAUCUCCCCAAGACGGAGUUGACUACCGAAUUUAAAAGAGAUCUGCAGUUGUUGCGAAUGCGCUCUGUACUGGAUCCCAAGCGGCACUACAAGAAGGAAAAUGGCAAGGCGAAAUUGCCUGAGUUUUCUCAGGUGGGAACCAUCAUUGAGGGCCCCACCGAAUUCUUCAGUGGCCGCAUUGCCAAGAAAGACCGCAAGAAGACCUUUGUUGCAGAGGCCAUGGCCCAGGAACGGGAAACCAGACGAUUCGAAUCCAAGUAUCGCGAUAUUCAAAGCACCAAGCAGAGUGGGAAAAAGGCCUUCUAUAACAAGCUACGGGCUCAGCGAAACCGGAAGAGCAAGUGA